GAGAUUUGUAGCGAAGAAACAUGGCGUAUGACGGCGGUGGAUGCAAGAACAAUAAAGUUGCCCUGGUUGGGUUGUUGUCUCUGUUUUUGGUUGCCUUGGUUAAUGGUGCAAGUGGCGCAGGAGAGGACUCUGGGUCCUCUAAUGUUGCCAUUAAGACUAUAUGUGAGCCCACUACUUAUCGUGAAACUUGCGAAGAAGCCCUGGUGAAGUCCAAUGUUGACUCAAAAGACCCACGUGAGUUGAUCAAGGCAGGGUUCCAUUUUGCUAUUGAGCAGCUCAAAGCGGCAAUUGCAAAUUCCCCCACUUUGAAACAAGCCGCCACCGACCCCAUGGCGAAAGAAGCCAUUGAUACUUGUGACGAGCUCAUAGAUUAUGCAAUUGAUGAUCUUUUAACUACGUUUGAUCAAAUCACUGAUAGUUUUAGUUUAAAUAGGGUGGAUAAUUAUCUUAAGAAUCUUAGGAUUUGGUUGAGUGGUGCGUUGACAUAUCAAGAAACUUGUUUGGAUGCUUUCGAGAAUGUUACUGGCGAUACUGGUGAAAAGAUGACGAAUUUAUCAAGAAACUUGUUUGGAUGCUUUCGAGAAUGUUACUGGCGAUACUGGUGA